UCUGAAGUUCUAUCCCUGUCCUCUUUGCAAUGGCUCUAACCCAUUCCUCCUCCGCCACCUUCUUCCUGCUCUUGUCAUUGUCAGUGAUUGCCUCCGCUGGCGGUUACGGCUAUGACCAAAAGCCAGAUACAACCAAGCCAAAUUAUACUUACAACCCAAAACCACAGCCAGACACUUCCAAACCCAAGUAUAGUUAUGACCCAAAACCACAGCCAGACGUUGUCAAACCAGACCUCCACAAACCAUAUUACGACUCCAAUCCGAAGCCAACCCUACCCAAACCAAAAUUCACAGAACCAAAACCAGACAACGGGUAUGACUCAAAACCAUACCUUGGCCAGCCAACCAUCCCCAAACCAGACACUGCCAAGCCAAAUUAUGGUUACAACCCAAAACCAGAAGUUCCCAAACCGAAAUUGACAAUGCCAAAACCCAACUAUGGUAAUGACCCGAAACCAAAGUUGAUCGUACCCAAACCAGACACUGCCAAGCCAAAUUAUGGUUACAACCCAAAACCAGAAGUUCCCAAACCAAAUUAUGAAUAUGUUCCGAAACCAAACCUUCUGAAACCAAAGAUGACUGUACCCAAACCCGAUCAUGGUUAUGAACCGAAAGAGAAGGUUUAUGAACAACCAAAGGCAACUACACCGAAGCCAGAGAAUAUCACGCCACAUGAUGGGUAUGCCCAAAAACCAAAUCUCCCGGAACCAAAGUUAUACAUACCAAAACCAGGUAAUGACAAACUGGACUAUGAGCAUAGCCCAAUCGGCGUAGAAGGUUUUGUCCUCUGCAAACAAGGCUCUAACUAUACCCCUAUUGAAGGAGCUGUGAUAAGAAUAGCCUGUACUGCUGUGGACCAGUAUGGUUACAAGAAAGUCCCUUUCUCCUGCUCGACAGAAGCAACUAAUGCAAAGGGUUACUACUUCAAAACAUUGCCAGCUUUAAAGCUCACAGAAUGCAAGGCUUACCUUGAAAGCUCUCCAUUGAAAACCUGCAACGUUCCAACAGAUAUGAACUAUGGGAUUACGGGUGCUCCCCUUUCAGCUUAUCACAUUCUCCAUGACAAGAAAAUAAAACUGUACUCCAUGAGGACCUUCUUCUACACCUCGACGAAACCUACAUCAACCCCUGCUGGCUAUUAAAUUGUCCUCUCUCCAUGACUACAAUUCAUCUAUUUUUUACAUUGUUUAAAGCUGUUGUAACGGAUUGAUUUCCUUCUUGUCGUUUAUGGGCUUUUGUCUUGAUGAGUUUCAUUAGUGGGGGAGUUUUGUGACAAAUUCUCCAGUUAAGAUAUUUCUUUCUUUUCUUUUUGGGAGAUUAAUGAUGUAUCAGUAUCACCAAAUAUUAAUUAAUGAACCACAAGGUCAUUGAUUUUUUAAAAAAAAUAUAUAAGUUAAAGACUCGUAUUUUUUGUA